AUGGCAAACGAUACGGAAAUUCUUCACUAUUUAUGGAAUGGGAAGUUAGCUGUAUGCUUUCAAUUAGAUGAACAAGAAAUUCAUGGUAUACAAAAUCCAGAGCCAUUUUACUUGAUGGUACCUAGAAUGAGUUACUUUCCAUUGGUCUGCGAUAAAGUAAAAAAACAUUUUGUGAAGCAUGUGGAUCCUGAAAAACAAGAGAUGGAAAUGUGGUUAGAAUUUAAGAAUGUUCCAUUAAAAUGGAAUUAUCCUAUUGGUGUUCUUUAUGAUCUAUUUACAACCGAUGAUAAACAAGUUGAUCUACCAUGGAAAAUAACUGUUCAUUUUGAUAAUUUUCCUGAAGAUCAACUAUUGCGAUGCUCAUGCCGAGAAGCUAUAGAAUCUAAUUUUAUGUCAUCAAUGAAAGAAGCUGAUAUGCUUAAACACAGAAGUCAAGUAUUUUCUACAAUGCAACGACAUCAACACAAUCAAUUAUGGACUGGACUACUUAAUGAUAAAUUUGAUCAGUUUUGGUCAGAAAAUAAAAAACUUAUGGAACCAUUUGAAGGAAGUUAUUUUAAGCACAUACCAGUACAUUUUUAUCGAUCAGGAUCAUCAAUUAUGACACAAACACUAGUUAAGCCAGUUUCAGAAGAUGGAAAUCAAAUGACUUUGGGAGAACUGAUGAAACUGAAUUAUCCAUCAGUGGAUAAUCCUAAAGUUUUUACUCAUGGCAUAUGCAUACCUCAUGAAACACCAGUUCAAUGGAUGAGUGAACACAUGAGUUACCUUGAUAAUUUUUUACAUUUAGUCGUUAUCUAA